CGCCGCCCGACCCCCACUCACAGCGUGACCCGGGACACGGCGAUGCUGACGGGCACGCUGCGCUCCUUGAAGGCGGUGGUGAUGAAGCAGCCGAAGUAUCAGCACUUCAGCAGGAUUGAUCCCACUGAGCAGCUCAUGCCGAUGGUGGUCUUCUGAGAGAAAACUGCUUUGAACUUUGGAUGAGGUGUUCUACUUCGACGCUCAGCUUUGGAUAUGGCUUACUGAGGAAUCUGGUUCUGUCCUGCAGCUCCUCCAUUUGAGUCACGUUGUGACACCAGCAUUUACUCAUUACUCACUAGUGGAACAAUUUGUGUGUAACUUCUGAUAACUAUUGAAAGAAAUGAGUAGGAUUUAUAAUUGCAAUUGUUUGGAAGUACCAUGGGGAGAUGGAGAUUUAGGUUCUUGGGCAGAUCGCUCACCUCUGCAUGAGGCAGCCAGUCAAGGACGUCUUCUUUCUCUAAAGACUUUAUUGUCACAGGGUUACAAUGUAGACACACUAACUAUUGACCAAGUAACUCCACUUCAUGAAGCCUGCCUGGGAGAUCAUGUAGGAUGUGCAAGGAUCCUUCUUGAAGCAGGAGCAAAUGUAAAUGCUACAACAAUUGAUGGAGUGACACCCUUAUUUAACGCGUGUUCGAGAGGCAGCGCAGCAUGUGCUGAGCUCCUGUUAGAGUAUGGUGCCAAAGCUCAGUGGGAGUCCUGUCUUCCAUCACCAACUCACGAAGCAGCCAGCAGAGGACACAGUGAAUGUCUGGAGGUACUGAUAUCCUGGGGUAUAGAUGUUGACCAAGACCUUCCUCAUUUAGGAACACCUCUAUAUGUAGCAUGUGUGUCACAGCAGAUCCAUUGUAUUCGAAAGCUUCUUUAUGCAGGUGCCAAUGUGCAGAAGGGAAAGCAUUUGGAAACUCCAUUGCAUGCUGCUGCCCAGCAUUCAAGUACAGAGAUUGUAAACUUACUGCUUGAAUUUGGGGCAGACAUAAAUGCCAAAAACACAGAUUUUGAGAGGCCUGUUGAUUUAGCUGCUCCUCGCAGUUUAGUAGAGAGGCUGCUGCUCCUCCACGAAGCCACACCAUCUUCUCUUUGUCAGCUUUGUCGACUACGUAUCCGAAAUUACAUAGGAAGAGCUAGACUGCAUCUUGUCCCACAACUCCAAUUGCCAACAAUACUGAAGAAUUUCUUACAGUAUAGAUAACAUAAUAAUUAACCUUUAGAAAGCUGAAUAACAAGUCUUCUGUUUAUUGUAAAUUUUGCCUAAAGAACUGCUGGGCGGAAAAUAAAGCCUUUUGCAUAUUACUUUAAAAAGACACAAAUCUUUGACACCUGGUGUUGGCAUGUAAUCACAAUUGGGAGCCAUUCAGCAACUGGUACCAAGGUGCUAACAAGGCUGAAUUGAAUAAGUGUGCUGAUACUCUGGGAAAUGAUUGUAUAGGUUUAGCUUAAUACUUACUAAUUAGCUUUAGUGCUGUUAAUUUUAUUUGUAUUUAUACUUUAAAAUCUGUUUGGCACAUGGGAACUGCAGCGUUUCUUCAUAUAUAUUUGUUAACUUUGUCCAUUUGGAGUCAUUAUUUUAUGUGUUUUUAAAUAUCUGUUGUUUGUGUACUGAAAAAUACUUGGUGGUAGGUGCACUACAAACGUUGAUUAAAAAAAAAAUAAAUAAAUGAAUAAAUAGC